CCUGGGCGCUGAGGGGGUGGGGCUGGCUCGCGCCAGCUCGCCAAUCCGAGGGCCCGUAGCAGCGCAUGACGUGAGAGCGGCGCUCUCAUAGGCCAGCUGGGCUCCUUCCGGCCAGGGGCGGGCCGCGCGCGGUGGCGGGAACGCGGUGCCGGAAGAGGCGCUGAGUCCGCUUGGGUCGCUGGCGCCGGCAUGGACGUGGCCGAGGUGGAGUUUUUGGCCGAGAAAGAGCUGGUCACCAUCAUCCCGAACUUCAGCCUGGACAAGAUCUACCUUAUCGGAGGGGAGCUGGGCCCCUUCCUCCCCGGGCUUCCGCUGCAGGUGCCACUGUGGCUGGCCAUGAACCUGAAGCAGCGACAGAAAUGCCGCCUGGUGCCGCCCGAGUGGAUGGACGUCGGGCGGGACCGGGCAGGGCAGCGCGUGGGAAACGCCACCAGCCCAGGCCGUGUCUCGACUUCAGAGAAGCUGGAGAAGGUUCGCGACCAGGAGCGGCAGGAGGAAACGUUCACGCCUGUGCCCAGCCCUCACUACAUGGAGCUCACCAGGCUCCUGCUCAGCCACGCCUCCGACGACAUCCCCAGAGCCGACGAGAUCCGGACGCUGGUGAAGGACGUGUGGGACACGCGCACGGCCAAGCUCCGGGUGUCUGCAGACAGCUUCGUGAGGCGGCAGGAGGCGCACGCCAAGCUGGACAACCUGACGCUGCUGGAGAUCAGCUGCAGCGGCCCCUUCCUCACCAGUGCGCUCGGGCGCCUGUGCAAGCUGCGGGCCGGCCCGCACGCCCCCCUGGGCUCCCAGUCCCAGGACUGGUAGCCGGCCCACAGGAGCACUGCCGCCGAGCCCCCCAGGGGCUGCAGAGACAGGCCGGGGGUCAAGGUGCGUGUCCCGCACCUGGCUGACCCCAGUGUCACCCCAAGCCCAGAGAAGCAGGUUCCGUGGGGAGGGUGGCGGGCCUGGGGCUCUGUCCCCUCUUGGCUCGGCGCCAGGACAGGCAGCGCCCACGGUCCUGCUGAGGCGCCCCGGGCAGGUGGGCUCCACGAGCGAGGGCAGUGCUGGGCGCCGGCCGGUCAGCUCAUGGAGGCUUCUGGAACCCGAUGGAUGGCAUGUGCCCUGCUGAGCCCCCGCACAGCCUGGCCACUUCAGGGUGGUCGCUGGCCAAGGACUGUCCUGCACCUGAGUCCACGGUGCGACCCCACGGGCUGGAUGGCGGCAGAGGAAGAGCUCGUGUCUGUGACACCUGUGAGGCCGGGCUGACCUCUCCACUGUCCAUCCGGGCUCUCCCUGAGGGGGGCCGCCCCUCCACUGUCCGACCCCUGCAGGGUGGGGCUCGGCUGCUGUCCCCCGCCCCCCACACCAAACACCCCAGAGAAUAAA